AUGUCUACUUUAACCGUUGCGAAAGCGCCUUCUGGGCCUGAACAUAGAACGCCAUGCCAAAAGUCAGACAUCGAGGCGUCCACAAACACAAAUGAUACAAUCGACAUAGAACAUGUUCCGGUUGAUGACGACCCCCGUCAGUGGAGUCGUACCAGAAAAAUGAUAACUUUGUGCAUGGUGUCACUGGCUACAAUGGUGUCUGGGUUAGCUUCUAACAUUCAAAAUCCCUCAAACUCUCUGAUACAGGAGGAUUUACAUGCAACAACUAGCCAGAUUAGCUGGACAUUAGCGGCGUUCCAACUCAUACAAGGGAACCUUCCGCUGUUAUGGAGCACCGCAAGUGAGAUUAAAGGUCGUAAGCCUGUCUAUUUGGUGGCUUCAGCUAUAUUCGUGGUAGGAAAUACUGCUUUAGCGCUCUCAAAGACCAUCGAGGUGAUGAUUGGUAUGCGAGCACUUCAAGCUGCGGGGUCAUGCGCUGUCAUUUCUAUUUCGGCUGCGACCUUGGCCGAUAUCUAUGAGCCUCACGAGCGCGGCACCAUGAUGGGCAUCUUCUAUGCUGCACCUCUCUUAGGACCCGCACUGGGCCCUAUACUUGGCGGAUCGUUGUCACAAGCCUUCAACUGGCGUGCAAGUUUCUACUUUCUACUAAUCUGUGGAGGAGUAAUCUUCUUGUCCUUCCUCAUUCUUUUCAAGGAUACAUACCGACGUGAACGAAGUCUCACGUAUCGCUGCGCUCUACAACGACUUCAUACCUCCAAAGAACCUGUUCAGAGUUCCAGGAAGGACCAAACAUCGGUCAAAGACACUGAGAAGCAGCUCCAAUUGCUGAAUGUUCCAGUUGAUAAAUCAGUGGUGACUUCUACACUUGGGCUGGACGAUGUCAGGCUAUCAAUUAAAGACAUCAACCCCUUCCCGUCAUACUUUCGAAUUCUGUCACGAAAGAACAAUGUUCUAAUUCUUACCGCUAAUGGACUCGUCUUCGGUUUUACCUAUUGCCUUUCAUACACGUGUGCCCGCACUCUGGCCAAUGCAUAUGAUUAUAAUGCGUUGAGUGUUGGCUUGGUCUUGCUUUGCCUGGGCGUCGGAAGCAUCGCUGGGAGUGUGAUUGGUGGGCGUUGGUCUGACCGGGUGCUUGCGAAGAUGAUGAAAGCGAAUGGAGGAAAGUGGAACGCAGAAAUGCGCUUGCAGAGCUCGACACUGGGGAUGCUGUGGCUACCUCCGGCGGUCAUCGGUUAUGCCUGGGUGUGCGAAAAACAUGUCAAUGUCGCUGUCAUUUGCGUCAUGCUUGUUCUGAUUGGAUUCUCCUCCAUAUGGAUGUAUACUUGCACAUUGGCAUACCUCGUUGAUGCCAACCCUGGUCGCUCGUGUACAGCAGUGGCUACAAACAACUCAUUCCGAGGAUCCCUGGCUUUUGUUUCGGUGGUGAUUGCUGUACCGCUUCAAAAUGCUUUAGGAGAUGGGGGGUUGUAUACUGUGUGGGCCGGCAUCUUGAUUGUGACGGAGUUGAUGGUUAUAUUGGUACUGCGCAAGGGAGAAUCGUGGCGCAAGGAAGGUGAGGAGCGUGAGCUGAAAUACUAG